AUGUCACAGAACUUGACUGAAGAGCAAAUUGCUGAGUUUAAGGAAGCGUUUGCGCUAUUCGAUAAGGAUAAUAGCGGGUCGAUUUCAUCCAGUGAAUUGGCUACUGUGAUGAGAUCACUUGGAUUAUCACCAAGUGAAGCUGAGGUUGCUGAUCUUAUGAAUGAGAUAGAUGUGGAUGGCAAUCAUAACAUCGAGUUCAGUGAGUUUCUGGCUUUGAUGUCUAGACAACUUAAGUCGAACGACUCAGAACAGGAGUUAUUGGAGGCGUUUAAAGUGUUUGACAAAAAUGGUGACGGGCUAAUUUCUGCAGCGGAGUUGAAGCACGUGUUGACAUCCAUUGGGGAAAAGUUAACUGAUGCAGAGGUGGAUGAGAUGUUGAGAGAAGUGAGUGAUGGUUCUGGAGAGAUCAACAUCAAGCAAUUCGCUGCUUUAUUGUCUAAAUGA